AUGCCUGACCAAUCAGCAAUUCCAAUGUUCGAUAAUUCUAGGAACAAAUUACUCUAUUCUACUUCAACAACCUUUUAUGGUAAAAAUGUUAAUGUUGUAGAGUGGGAUUCAGUUACUUCAGCGCCACAUAAAAUUGUAGGUACUUUAAUUCGCGCUUCAAAUGCAGUGCAUGAAAUUGAGGGAAAAGUUACAUCCACCAUGAAAGAAAGUGAUAUAGCGUAUAACAGUGGCAGUAGUGAUAAAGACAAGCUUUAUAUGCGUGGAAUAGUAGAAGAGCCUGAAGAAUCUGACAGUACGUCCAGUUCUAAAUAUGAUGAAGUCAACAAUGGUUUUUUACAUGAUGAAAUGAACAAUAAUGAAAAAACACCUACAAAGAAUUGCAUGACUAAACAUAACUCUUCAGCAUGUCAUUUUUUAAGUCCAAAUUCGACAAUUACAGUUACACUGGAAUCUGUAAUCUCUGCAUCCAGUACUGCGAAUGAUACUUUUAAGAAAAUUCAAGAUGAAUUUGUGUCAGAUUUGCGAAUUAUUAAUAUAGUGGAAAUUUUCAAUUCCCUAGCUAUGUUCAUAGCAUCUUCUUUCUCUUCCGAAGUAUCUAGCACAACUCAUCAUUCUUCAUCGUCGGAAAACUCUACAUUCAGAAGCGCGAAGGAUGAAUUUUUCGAUGAAGUCGAUGCGAAAUCUGUCACACAUUUUACUGGAAAGACGUUGGAUAGAAAUUUUUUACAAAUAUAUGGGAGUGAAGGCGAAGCAGAAAUAAGUCUCGUAAAGGGAAGGGAAGAACAUCCAAAUGACAAACAUUCUGGCGACAAUAUAAACAUUGACGAUUAUGCAGUUGUUAAAAGCAAGCAAGACCAUGAAAAUUUUGAAAAGAAUUCCAAAUUAAAUCCGCAAGUGAUUCUCAGGUCAAAGUUCGAAAAAAACGAUAUCAAUGAACAGGAAAACGAAAUAAUAAAUGAUUCCGAUGUUGAUCACAUCGUUACUUCGAAGGAAGAUUCCAAACAGGGAAAGUCAUCAGAUUGCGCAACACCAGAUGAAAAAAAAUUCUGGAAACUACGAGAUGAUGUGCGUGAAAAAUAUAACGAAGAUGAAAAAGAUAACAAAUCAUCGCCAGUUCUGGCAUAUUUUGAGAAAACCCUUUGGGAGAAAUUGGUUGCAGGUUUGAAGUGUUCCCAAAGGGAUUGCAGAGAGGCGCUAAAACCUACGGAAAGUGUUCGCAGAUAUUUGAUUGAACCAUCAAUAAGUCGAGCCAGAAAGCAUAGCAACGGGAAAUUGUAG